UACAAGUCGUACGUAUAUAUAAAGGCACUAUAACAAAUCAAAUCAGUUUCUACACAAAAAGUAAUGACCAUAGAUCUUCAAGAACUCAGCAUCUCUAUCCUCUAUAUUGUUCUUCACCUUUACCAAGGCCUGAAAAAGUUGAUUAGUUGCAAUAUGGCUCUAACCUUCAAUUCUCCUCCUCCAAUCUCUUCUUUGUCGCCUAAUCUCUCUUGGGUUGGCCAGUUUUUUGUCCCAUCAUGUGGAGGAGGACCUAUUAUAAGUCAAAGUGAUCAUGACCAUGAUCAAGAAGAAUAUGAUCCGAAAAUAUUGGAAGUGAUUGAUCAAUGCCAUGGAAAUCUUAUGACUACCAAUGAGAGUACUUGUUUCCAAGAAAAUGUUGAUUUGGAAAAAGAAGAAGAAUCAAGUUGUCUUGGAAUGGGAAAGGCUGGGGAGGCCACGGUUGCUAAUAAACCGGCCGGGGGCAUCAAGUUGCGAAAGAGGCCGUCGAGGCUGGUUGUGCCGGAAUAUUCGCCGGGCCAUCAGGAAUUUGGUCAUGAGAAGAGUAGGAGGUUGGAGAGCAAGGAAUUUGAGGUUGAAGGGCGAGAUUUCUCUUUGGCAGCAAAGAAAGGAAGGAGGGAGGUCAUGGAGGAUGGAUAUGGAGUUUUGCUUGACAUUAUGGGUGAUCCCAAACAAGCAUUCUUCGCAGUAAUCGACGGGCAUGGAGGACGUGCGGCGACGGAUUACGUUGCUGAAAAUUUAGGGAGGAACAUUGUGAAAGGGAUAGAACAUGUUAAGAAGGAAGAAGAUCAUCAUCAAAUAGAAGAGACUAUUCAUGGAGGCUACUUAGCCACUGAUAAGGGGUUUCUUAGUCAGGGUGUAAGUAGUGGAGCUUGUGCAGCAAGUGUGCUAUUAAGAGAUGGACAUUUGCAUGUAGCCAACGUCGGAGAUUGUAGAGUAGUCCUCAGUAGAAAAGGAAUAGCUCAUGCUUUAACCAAGCAUCACCGUUUGACAAGGCAAGACGAGCGUCUUCGUAUUGAGAAUUCUGGAGGUUUUGUGCAAUGUUGCAAUGGAGUAUGGAGAGUUCAAGGAACACUAGCAGUGUCCAGAGCGAUCGGUGACCAACAUCUGAAGGAAUGGGUCAUUUCUGAUCCUGAAAUAAAAAGCCUUCCUCUGACUUCAGACUGCGAAUUCUUGAUAUUGGCUUCUGAUGGACUUUGGGACAAGGUAGAUGAUCAGGAGGCAGUGGAUGUGGUUCAAAGGGAAGAUUCAUCAGUCGUCAAGGCUUGUAAAACGCUUGUAGAUAUGUCUUCAAGCAGAGGGAUCAUGGAUGACAUUACUGUCAUGGUCAUUAAUCUUCAAGGUUUUAUGACAACAAGCAGUUAAUUCUCAGUAAUGAAUACAAGGGUUUAUUAUCAUUCUGAAAAGCUAGAUUAGAGACCUAAUUACUAUAGAACAUAAUGGCAGAUAAGGAGAUUGGUGGGUACCUGACAAUGGUGUAAUUUUUAAGUUUCUAGUAUCGUUGCAACUUGCA